AGGCUGCUCUCCCUGCCACAAAUGGAUGAUGGUGAAACCUUGGAGGGUAACCUUUUAAUUUAUUUCAGAUGUGCAUAACAUGCAGAUGCCUCAGCCAUGAAUGAUACACAAUUUAAGGGUUUUAAUGCAUAAGUGAAAUCUACAGAGUUGAAUGUCUCUUGCACUCAUGUUGAUUAUCAUAGAGAUUGAGGGGGACCUUCUGAUCCAAGAAGGAGACAUUUUGAUGCAGGAGGACAGAAAUGCUGUGGUGAAUCUCUGGUCAGAUGUCUCCAUACCCUACGUAAUUAGUGGUGAUUUGGAGGAUAGAGAAGCAAACAUUCUAGCAGCCUUCAAGAUGAUCUCAGAAAACACCUGUUUACGCUUUCAUAGACGCACCACGGAGCUGAACUACAUAAAGUUCCUCAAUGGCAAAGGCUGUGCUUCCUACGUUGGUUGUCGGGGAGGGGCCCAGCCAGUGUACUAUUCCCAUUCCUGUAGUAUCGGGAACCUGUGCCAUGAGAUCAUCCAUGCUCUUGGCAUGCAUCAUGAGCACACACGCACGGAUCGUGAUGAACACAUUACUGUGCAGUGGCAGAGUAUCAAGACAGGUAAAGAGAAGAACUUCAUGAUGAAGGAGGGGGAUACUUUAAACCUGCCAUAUGACCUCAGUUCUAUCAUGCAUUAUGGGAAAUACUUCUUCACUGCAGAUUUAAGUCCUACUAUUUUGCCCAAGAAGGAUGGAGUGCAGAUUGGUCAGAGAAAACACCUCAGCAAACUAGAUAUAGAAAAAAUUAAGAGACUCUACCAUUGUGAUGAACGAGCAAACUUGUAAAAACUUGUCAUGGAGGAGGUUGGAGUUCAUGGAAUUGGAGGUUGAAGGCUUUUUGCCCUAAACCUUCCCCAAGGAUAAAAUAAAACUGCUGUGUACAGAG